GCCUGGCCUGUAGGACCAUUCUGUCCAUCACAGCCCACAGCUUUAGGCGGCCCGGAGCGCGCCUACCUGAGAAGCGAGCUGCUGGGGUUCGGGAAGCAGAGUCCUGGGCUGGCUGCAGCUCAGGCGUACGUUCUGAGGUAACGUUUUUUGGAGCAGCCCCGGGGAGCCGAUGGGCCGGGCCGGGCCGGGACGAGCCGCAGAACCGAACCGGCUCGGAACAAAGCCUUCGGAGCAGAGCCGAGCCGAGCCGCCCUCCCAGGGCUUCUUCAUCCUUCUGGUCGUUUUGCAGCUAGUUAUUUUAUAGGUCAGUCCUGCUUCUGGGAUCCUACCUUGUGUUGUGGUUAAGAAAUGUUACACAUCACUCAGACUGGAUCACAUGACAAUUGUACCUACAUUGUAAAUAAAUAUUCCAGUAGAUUUGAAGAAUGAAGAGGAAUAAUUUCUCUGCUGUGAAUAAAGUUGUCCAGACUCCACCUGUAGUGAAGCAGCCCAAACGUGGGCUCUGCCCUUCUCUCACCCAGACUCACGUGCUCUCUGUUCUUCUAGACUGGGGGACUUUACCUCACCAUGUGAUAUUACAAAUUUUCCAGUAUCUACCUUUAAUAGACCGAGCCCGCGCAUCUUCUGUGUGUAGGAGAUGGAAUGAAGUAUUUCACAUUCCUGACCUCUGGAGAAAGUUUGAAUUUGAGCUGAACCAAUCAGCCACUUCCUAUUUUAAGUCCACUCAUCCUGAUCUCAUUCAGCAGAUCAUCAAAAGGCAUGCUGCACAUCUGCAGUAUGUCAGCUUUAAGGUUGAUAGUAGUACUGAGUCAGCAGAAGCUGCCUGUGAUAUUCUUUCUCAGCUGGUAAAUUGUUCUAUCCAGACCUUGGGAUUGAUUUCAACAGCCAAACCAAGUUUUAUGAAUGUGCCAAAGUCUCACUUUGUGUCAGCGCUUACAGUUGUGUUUGUCAACUCAAAAUCGUUAUCAUCAAUUAAAAUCGAAGAUACACCAGUGGACGACCCCUCACUGAAGAUCCUCGUGGCCAACAACAGUGACACUCUGCGGCUCCUGAAAAUGAGUAGCUGUCCUCAUGUUUCGUCUGAUGGAAUCCUCUGUGUGGCUGACCACUGUCAGGGUCUCAAAGAGCUGGCGUUGAAUUACUACAUUCUGAGUGAUGAGCUCCUCCUUGCGCUAUCGAGCGAGACUCACGUGAACCUUGAACAUCUCCGGAUAGAUGUUGUAAGUGAAAAUCCUGGACAGGUCAAGUUUCACUCUAUUAAAAAACACAGUUGGGACGCUCUGAUUAAACAUUCUCCGGGAGUUAACAUUGUCAUGUACUUCUUUUUGUAUGAAGAAGAGUUUGAGACGUUCUUCAGAGAAGAAACCCCUGUCACUCAUCUUUACUUCGGGCGUUCAGUAAGCAGAACCAUUUUAGGCCGAAUAGGUCUUCACUGCCCACGGCUCAUUGAGUUAGUGGUGUGUGCAAACGGCCUUCAGCCCCUGGACAGGGAACUCAUCUGCAUUGCCAAGCACUGUAAAAACCUAACAGCCUUGGGCCUGAGUGAGUGUGAAGUCAGCUGUAGUGCAUUCAUUGAGUUUGUAAGACUCUGCGGCAGAAGGCUCACCCAGCUGUCUAUCAUGGAGGAGGUUCUGGUCCCUGAUGACAAUUUUACCCCAGACGAAGUUCAUGCUGAAGUCUCUAAGCACCUGGGAAGAGUAUGGUUCCCAGAUGUGAUGCCUAUCUGGUAACCAGCUAGCAAAGGUUCCGAAUUCUCUGUUAGUAAAUUAGCUGUUGUCUGUCUAUGCAAAUGUAAAGUUUGAAAUGAGCUGCUGAACUAUUUCAGCUUAAAUAUUUACUGUUUGCCAACUGUCUUAAUUGGUUGAUGCAGAAUCAUUUGAAAACAAUAUAACAAAUUUGAAUAGCUGGAAAUCUUUGUCAGUAGGACACAGACACUAUGUGUUAAUUAAAUGGUUGAUAGAGUAGAUUACAGAUAUCUUAAGAUUUAGAUAGACUUAGACUUCUCAAUCUUCUUUGGAGGCAUAUUUUAGCUUACUAAGAAAUUUAUAUAAUUAAUAUAUAAUUAUAAUUUGCAGUAUUAGAUGCCUUUAAGUUAUGUAUUUUUAUGUUACAACCUCAUGUUAUUUUAUUUUAAUUUCAUCUCUUUCAUUUUGGUACCAAUACAUGUGUUACAAAAUAUAUACUGUUAAAAAUCAAGGUACCAUAAUAGAGGUGUUUGUCAUUGUACUUACAAAAUUUUUAGCAUCUUGUGAUUCAGUAAACAACUUUGAUUUCUACAGUACUUUAAAUUCAUUUUUAGAUUAACUUGGAAGGUAGUUGGCAUUACAUUAAAAUCCAGUAAUACUAAUUCAUUUCAUUAAAGAAAAAGCAAAUAGAAGAUACUGUGAUUAUUAAUUGAAUACAAGGUGUGGUGAAGAGGUAAGUUUUGCAGAAUGUGUUUGGAAAUCAGUGUUUACUAGCCUGCUGCUGUUGAUCUGGGACUGUGCCAUGUCCUUUGCACAUGUGACCUGUCAUUUCAUUAGUAACACUGGUGACAUCCUUCACCAGCUUACCCUUAGGAUGAAGAUGUAAUCUUAGAAGUUGCCUGGGUGCUCGGCUUCAUUUCCAGCCACUGUGCCUGCCCUUUGCCCACUUCCCACCUUCUCUGUUUCUCCAACUGCCCUGCUCUCAGCCACUGCAAGGCAUCUGUCCAUCUGUCUACCUCCUCCCUCUGUGCUCCCUCAAUCUUCCCCCUGUAGCACUUCCUGGGGGACGUUGUCCUCGAUACUGUCCCAGCUCCUGAGUCAGACCCUUUGCUCAUGUCCAGAGCAGACCCACUGCUGUGCUGUGUGUGAUCUGCUUAUCUCAUUAGGACCUGUUUACUUCAUUGUGCUGUAAACUCCACCAGGACAAGGUCACUGCUGUGUAUGCACGUGCGUGCGUGCGUGUGUGUGUGUG